AUGAGUAUGAUCGACACGGUCUAUUUAAAGGAUGGUCGAGCAUCUGUACCAUUAAAAGGGGUUAUGGAUUUGAUCGAUAGUUUAUUAGAAAUUCGAUUUAAAACAGCGAUCGUCAACAGCACCAAUCCAAAUGAAUCAAUUGCAAUUUGGGACAAUAGAAAUGAUCAAAAUAUCUCGGAUCGAUUUCGUCGAACAGAAUUCAUUACAACAAAAACUGCAAAUCUUGAUGGUUUUGAAGACAGUAUUAAGUCAUUACGUGCUUGUCAUAUUUCAACAUCAACUGAAACAAUAUUUUCAUUAUGUAACCUUAAAUUAUUAAUGGAUCAGCUUAACUCUGCAUUAAAGACUUUACAAAAUGAAUCAUCAGAAGCAGUAUGCAACGCUUCACAAGGAGAACAUCCUAAAAAUUAUUGGGCUUGGCGUCUGGAAAGAACAAUAAACGUUUUACAAUCUACACUUGAAGCAGAAGAACGUAAAUAA